AUGUCUAAUUGGGGUGGUAAAGGCAUGAUUUCAUCGUUUCUCAUCAUGUCGGACCGCUACGACCUUGGCCUGGACGCCGGGACAUACAAGACUUGCAUCUAUGCAGGAGGAAAACCUGUCGCAAUGCAGUACGGCUUUCCAACUUCUGACUCGGUUGUUCGCAUAUCGCCGAGGGGAUCGUUUGCCAUUCCUAGCCGUGCACAGUUGCCCAGCGUUCAAAAACCUGACCUCGCACUUUGCAAACGUCUUAUCGGCAGGUCGCCAAGGGACGGAAGGUUGCGCCAUGACACUGCCAGGGUCCCGCACGCUAAACUCGACGAAAAUGGUGCAUACUACGAAGCUGGUGGGCGCCGUGUAGAGCUCUUCGAGGUGUGGGCAUUCAUUUUGGGCAGCGCGAAACGGGCAGCGGAACGCAAGUUUGGCGAGCCUCCACGAAGGUCUGUUUUGACGGUGCCCGCAUACUUCGGAAUCAAUCAAUGCGAAGCCAUUCGCGCUGCGGCGAAGAUUGCCGGCUUCGAUAUGGAAAGUACCCAUCUCGUUACUGAGCCGGUGGCCGUGGCGGUUGAUCAGAUUGAGCAUGACUAUGGCACCAAGAAGAAGUACCCCGCCAAGUCGAGGCUUGGGGUCAUUGAUAUCGGUGGCGGUACUACCGAUAUCACUGAGUUAUACUAUGACCUGACGGGCGAGAAGCAUGUAUAUGUGAUCCAAGCCAUCGAAGGCGAUAAUUUUCUUGGAGGUGUCGACUUCAAGCAACGUCUCUAUACCUUUGUGACAGACAAAGCACGCGACGCGGGCCACACAUACGCAUUUGACGAACAAAAGCUUCUCAUCGUGUGCGAAAAUGCCAUGGAGACCUUGACAGGCGCCGCUUCCGCCGAAAUCGAGUUGAUCGCGACUGACCAAAGCACGGUUAGCAAGUUCAUCACUGUAACUCGUGAUGAGUUUGAGAAGGCAUGCGCAGAUCUACUCACAGAAAUAUCGGGGCUUAUUGACAGACUUCCAGCCGCCAAGGCCAACAGAUCUCUUGCCGCUGUUCUCCUUGCUGGAGGCGCAUCCCAAAUGCCAUGCAUCAAAGAGCUAUGCGUGAGGAAGUUUCCAGAGACGGUGAUCAAGCUUGUCCGGGAUGCUUCGGAAAGCCCGGCGCGGGGCGCGGAGCAAAUUGCCAAACGCAAGGACACCAUCGUCGUUCAUGAUGUUCUCUCACGAUCAAUCGGCGUCGAGGUAAACGAUUCGGACUCAGACACCUCGAAUUACACUGUUCAGCAGGUUGCGAGCCGCAACAUGCGCGUUCCUGCUAGAGAAAGGCUGAACCUUUUCACAAGAAAGGAUAAUCAGUCUGCCAUCGAGAUCUCCUUUCUCGAGGGUGAGAGCUCCAAUCCAGACGACAAUACACGCAUUGCAGCGAUGACAAUCUCCGAUAUUCCAAAUUGCAAACGUGGGACUAAGAUCAAUGUCGAUCUCGAAAUUCAUGGUCAAGGAAGCUUUAUUGCGAAAGCAACAAUUAAAGAUUUGACGGACGAAUUGACAGUCGUUCCACAGCAAACUUUUCCUGGAGCCGGAAUCAUCGAGAAGUAUAGAGACGUAACAGCUCGCCGUUUGGACGGUGAAUCGGUGAAGAGUCCGGACAUAAUCUCAGGGCCGGAGGCUUCCAUGAACGGCGACUCUUCGAGUGUGUCUGGCGAGGAUGUCUCUCAUGCCCAGCGUACUUCUCCUAACCCUGGCAAUAGUGAGAAAUCCCCUGAAACAGGCCCCGAGACUCUGCAGCGUCGUGGCUCCGGAAAUUUGCUUCAAGAGGAUGAACAGCAUGCUUCGGCUAUAGCUCCUGACAAUAUCAGAGAGCAAGUCGACGACGACGGUGCGGCUGCCAUGACUGCUGGAAAUGAAGCGCCCCAAACUAGCGCAAAGGGAACGGAAAUGGUACCACAGUCAAACUCAGGAGGAAUGAAUCUCAACAGGCAGGCACCCGUGCCUCGAGUGGUGAGAGCUGGGAAGCGGCCAGCAAGGCCAACGCAAAACAAGCCCUUCAAAAAGUCGAAGGCGCGCAUUACGGACCAAAACUAA